CAGCGAGAAGAAGAAACCGGAGUGUUCCUGUUCGCUCGUUGCUAGAGGACGUUGGUGUCACAGAGGAGAGCGGCUCGUCGACUAUUCUUAUUUCCCCCCAAACUAACCUCAAAGAAGAACCGAAAGUAAGAUGUUUUCCCGUGCAGUGAGACCCACCGUCGGCCUGGCUCGGAGCCUGUCCACCUCCUCGCAGAACCACGCUAAGGUGGCGGUGCUGGGCGCUUCUGGCGGCAUAGGCCAGCCGCUCUCCCUGCUGCUGAAGAACAGCCCCUUGGUGAGCCAGCUCUCCCUCUACGAUAUCGCCCACACGCCCGGGGUGGCCGCUGACCUCAGCCACAUCGAGACCAGGGCCCAGGUGAGCGGCUACAUAGGCCCCGACCAGCUGGGCGCCGCUCUGAAGGGCUGCGAAGUGGUGGUUAUCCCCGCCGGCGUGCCGAGGAAACCCGGUAUGACCCGAGACGACCUGUUCAACACCAACGCCACCAUCGUAGCUAAUCUGGCGGACGCUUGCGCACGCAACUGCCCGGAGGCCAUGAUCUGCAUCAUUGCCAACCCCGUGAACUCCACCAUACCCAUUACGUCGGAGGUGAUGAAGAAGCACGGAGUGUAUAACCCCAACAGGGUGUUCGGGGUCUCCACCUUGGACAUUGUCAGAGCCAACACGUUUGUGGCGGAGCUCAAAGGCUUGGACCCGGCUCGGGUCAACGUCCCGGUGAUUGGAGGUCACGCUGGGAAGACCAUUAUCCCCCUGAUCUCCCAGUGCACCCCUAAGGUCGAGUUUCCUUCCGACCAGCUCACCGCUCUCACCGAGAGGAUCCAGGAGGCCGGUACGGAGGUGGUGAAGGCCAAGGCGGGGGCGGGGUCCGCCACCCUGUCCAUGGCGUACGCAGGUGCCCGCUUCACCUUUUCCGUCCUGGACGCCAUGAACGGGAAGGAGGGCGUGGUCGAGUGCGCCUUCGUCAGGUCCGAGGAGACGGAGUGCAAGUACUUCUCCACGCCGCUGCUGCUCGGCAAGAAUGGCAUCGAGAAGAACCUGGGGCUGGGCAAGCUGUCUGCGUUUGAGGAGAAGCUGGUGGCCGAAGCCAUGGGGGAGCUGAAGGCUUCCAUCAAGAAGGGCGAGGACUUUGUGGCCAAGAUGAAGUAAUCAGCAAUUGGUUUGAGCCAAGAAAACCAGCUGUGAUGGAUAAGUUGUUCGGUCUUACAAGGCAUCAGACUAACUGAAGAUCCAUCAGUGUUUCCUCUCUUUUUCUGUUGGCAGUUGGGUCCUUUUCUUUUUGUUUGACUUUUAUUCCUCUUUACCAACCACAGCUUUCUUCUGUGUGUAUAAUUCGUGCCCAUUCUCUACCGUACUGUGAUUCGUUUUUAUUUGUGCAAAUUUAAAUGCAGUAUGUAUUUGCAUAGACUUUUCUGCUGUGAACAAGGAGGGAACGCUGUCAUAUGUCUACUGAUGCAAAAAACGGUUGUUAUUACUGAAGAGCAAAAUAUUCACUCCACCAAUAAACAGACUAGCUUUAAAA